AUGUCUCGCGCCAAGGUCUCGAUCUGGCAUUUUUCAAGUCUUGACAGCAUUCUUGCUCUAAAGAAUCAGUCGGAAACAACUUUGAGAGGGAAACCAGAGUUUGUGUCUGGCUCUAUACGACCGAGCGAUGAUCUUGAGAAAUGGGUCGAACUCCGAGACGGUAGUAUCGGAGCACACGAGAACGAAUACGGUUGUUUCAAUUCCCGAUGGGCUGAAUAUGCCUUUUGCUUUUCUCUAGCAGCGUCCCAGUUCCUUGCGGAGUAUCUCAUUUCUGGUUUUGGAAUCAUCCUGCCCAAUCUACCUGCAUCAUGGAGUCAUGGAGACUCCAGAACUUCUAAUCUCUGGCCUUCUUCCAUCCUAUCGCUGGUGUUAUGCUCCAUGACUCUUCCACUUUCGCGGGCAACGGAUAUGUACGGCGGUUAUCCACUCUUCAUGCUUGGAACCGCGUGGCUAUCCAUCUGGACCCUAGCCGGAGGUUUUUGCCAAUCCCAAGAAAUGCUCAACGUUGCACGGGCUAUGCAAGGCCUUGCGAUUGCCGCGUUCCAGCCAGCCGCCUUUUCUUUGCUUGCCCGAGCCUUCCGACCAGGGAGAAAACGCAAUGUGGUUUUUGGAGUGUAUGGCGCAUGCGCACCACUAGGCUUCUUUGGCGGGAUCUUGACCUCUGGGAUUUGUCUUCAAUUUGGUCGAUGGGAGUGGUAUUUUUGGGUAGGGUCCGUUUUGGCGCUAUUGUCCGCGAUCAGUGCCUACUUCGCGGUCCCAGAAACAAAGAUCAAGCCUCCGGCAGGUUCAAAGGAUCUGAAAAUGGAUUGGAUAGGCGCAUGCGCUAUUGCUUCGGGACUGAUAAUGCUCUCCUACGGCCUGGCUGCGAGCGCCGCUUCUGAAGUACCAUGGAAAGAUCCAGCAGUUCUUGGUCCUCUCUGCGCUGGAGCCCUUUGCCUUGUGGUUUCCCUAUACGUCGAGCUAAACGUUGUUGACUCACCGCUUCUACCGACCGACUUCUUCGCCCCUAAAAACGUCAAGGCCAUGCUGGUCGCAUGCUUGAUGUUUUAUGGGAGUUUCGGCUCGUAUCUAUUCUACUCCAUGUCUUACAUAAACGAUGAACUGCAAGUCAAACCGAUAACGAUGGCGGUGUGGUACAGCCCGAUGGCAAUUGGGGGCUUCAUCAUAUCCAUCGUAGGCGGGUUGUUGUGCGAUGUUGUCCCCGCCUUCUAUCUACUCCUAGUAUCAGGGUUGGCGUGGAUUGGCGCACCAUUGCUCCUUGCGAUCGGAUCGAAUGUGACAACAUCAUAUUGGCCAUUCAUAUUUCCAUCUACCAUCUGUUCAACGCUUGGAAUCGACCUGACCUUCACCGUCAGCGCAAUAUUCCUUGCUUCAGUCCAGCCAGACAAAUUCCAGGGCCUUGCUGGAGCAGUCUCGUCUGUGACGGUUAACCUGGGCAUCGCCGUUGCUGUAUCGCUGUCGGACAUUGCUCGGAGAAUAGGAACCGAGAAAUUUUAUACCAGUGUCGCUUCCUACCAGGUCGUCUUUUGGUUUGCCACUCUUCUGGCAGGUAUUGGAUUCGCAAUCACUCUGCUCUUUGUCCGCAUAAAACGGUUGGGCAAAGAUCAAAUCUAG